AUGUGGUCUGUCAAACCUCCAUCUGGAGAGCUGCUGGCCCAGGACCUCCUCAACCUCAGACCAGGUGUAACCACGCCAGCCCAGGACCUCCUCAACCUCAGACCAGGUGUAACCACGCCAGCCCAGGACCUCCUCAACCUCAGACCAGGUGUAACCACGCCAGCCCAGGACCUCCUCAACCUCAGACCAGGUGUAACCACGCCAGCCCAGGACCUCCUCAACCUCAGACCAGGUGUAACCACGCCAGCCCAGGACCUCCUCAACCUCAGACCAGGUGUAACCACGCCAGCCCAGGACCUCCUCAACCUCAGACCAGGCUUAACCACGCCAGCCCAGGACCUCCUCAAUCUCAGACCAGGCCCACGGGCACCACGCAGGUCACGCAGGUCACGCAGGCCACGGAGGUCACACAGGUCACGCAGGUCACGGGCACCACGCAGGUCACGGGCACCACGCAGGUCACGGGCACCACGCAGGUCACGGAUGUCACGCAGGUCACGGGCACCACGCAGGUCACGGGCACCACGCAGGUCACGGAGGUCACGCAGGUCACGGGCACCACGCAGGUCACGGGCACCACGCAGGUCACGGAGGUCACGCAGGUCACGGGCACCACGCAGGUCACGGAGGUCACGCAGGUCACGGGCACCACGCAGGUCACGGAGGUCACGCAGGUCACGGGCACCACGCAGGUCACGGGCACCACGCAGGUCACGGAGCCUACGCAGGUCACGGGCACCACGCAGGUCACGGGCACCACGCAGGUCACGGAGGUCACGCAGGUCACGGGCACCACGCAGGUCACGGGCACCACGCAGGUCACGGGCACCACGCAGGUCACGGAGGUCACGCAGGUCACGGGCACCACGCAGGUCACGGGCACCACGCAGGUCACGGAGGUCACGCAGGUCACGGGCACCACGCAGGUCACGGGCACCACGCAGGUCAAGGGCACCACGCAGGUCACGGAGGUCACGCAGGUCACGCAGGUCACGGAGGUCAUGGAGGUCACGCAGGUCACGCAGGUCACGGGCACCACGCAGGUCACGGAGGUCACGGCGGUCACGCAGGUCACGGAGAUCACGGAGGUCACGGAGGCCACGCAGGUCACGCAGGCCACGCAGGUCACGCAGGUCACGGGCACCACGCAGGUCACGGAGGUCACGCAGGUCACGCAGGUCACGGGCACCACGCAGGUCACGCAGGUCACGCAGGUCACAGAGGUCACGCAGGUCACGGAGGUCACGCAGGUCACGGAGGUCACGCAGGUCACGCUUGUCACGCAGGUCACGGAGGUCACGCAGGCCACGCAGGUCACGCAGGCAACGCAGGCCACGCAGGUCACGCAGGUCACGCAGGCCACGCAGGUCACGGAGGUCACGGAGGUCACGCAGGUCACGCAGGUCACUAGCAA